AUGGAGCCCACGCCUGAGGUUGCCCAGCAGGGGCAAGGUCCCCCUGCACAGGACCUGACGCUCGAAGUGGACUUUUCCUGGAAACGAUACAAAUCACUCAUCACCGAGAAGGGCAGCACCCCGCAAUCCCCUCCACUCUACAUCGUCGACUACCGAGCCACGAAGCCGCACCUCGCCUUCAGAGCGGGUGAGGACCAACCCCCCUUUGCCACCGGAAGCCUUCGCACCGUCUCCAUCAAUGCCGAUUGCCAGAUUCGCGGUCGCACAAUUACUCUCAAGGCUCUCAAACGCUUCAGGACGGAGUAUACGCACCUCUCGUACGCCUUCGCCAAGGGCGGCGGCGGCAUCAACGGUGCUGCGCCCGAACCCGAACCCGAACCCGAACCCGUGCCCAUGACUUGGACCAGCUCGAGCGGCUUCAAGACCUGGGACUUUGUCUGUCUCGACGAGAACCAGAUGCCUCUGGCGAAGUUCUCCGCAAACGCCUGGUCGCUGAAGAAAGUGGGCCACAUUACGUUGAUCGGGUCGAAUAUCGCCGCAGCGACCGGCAGCGACACCAUCAGCGACGCUGUAAGAGAAGAGAUUGUCGUUACGGGAUUGACGCUGUUCUAUUGCAUGGUGCUUCGGAGUAGCAGCAUUUUGUCGUUUUUCGGCGCCAUCUUUGCGCGACCUGGUCAUGAUGAGAGGGAGAGGGAGAGGGAGAGGGAGAGGGAGAGAGAGAAGAAUGGGCCCAUAGCAGCGCCUGCUGCGGAGCAGUAG